AUGGAAUAUUCAGCCCUAAAGAUUAGGCGAGGGUCGAAUCCGAUCACCAAAUGCUAUCGAUUCAAAGUCCACUCGAAAACCGCACGAGAUUUGCAAGUCGAUGACGCGGUCUGUAUAUUAACUCGAUCAUUACAAGCGGGACCGCAGCGAGGGCGCGAUUAUAAGAGGGGUGCGCACACACGCGCUGGGGUAAUUGCAAAAAUCGACCCACCUUUAUGGGGCAUCUUCCACAAAGCCUCAGCACACGACGAUUCCCUCAGCGAAAGCGUCUUUGCCGCUGAGAUCACUGGAGAAAACCCGCCCGGAGUCGGGACGGGUCCGGACGUCGCUCCCAGAAAACAAAAUUGUCUAGACAAUAUAUUCAGUAAUUUAGAUCCAGUAUAUUGUAAAACUAGACCCGUAGACACAGGCAUAUCUGAUCAUUUGGCAAUUGCACUAGAGCUCCAGUUAGCGGCAGAUGUGACAAACAAUCCUAUAUAUAAAAUAGUACGACCGAUAACAGUGUCUGGUCAAAACAAUCUUUUUCAUUUUCUAUCUGUAGCUGACUGGAGUUUUAUUCUUUCAGAAGACCUAGAACUGAAUACCAAAUUCCUUAAGUUUAUAGACAUAGUAAUACAUAAUGUAAAUUUGGCAUUACCAACAAAAUCAAUUAAGGUAUCCAGCUCUAGCAAUAUGAACACAAUUAAAUGGUUUGACAAGGAGUUAAUUGACAUGCGCAGUACACUGCGUGCUUUAACAGAAAUCGACAAAAUAUGCCCAACUGAUAAAACAAAAGAAGCCAAAAACAAAUUUAAAUUACUGUAUCGUGAAAAAAUUAAAUAUAAGAAAUUUAUAUACAAUGAAAAAACGAUUGCUACAGCAAGUAACAAAAUCAAGGCAAUGUGGGCAAUAGUUAAUCAACACCGUAGUAAAUACGCAGUCCCAAAUAGUGAAUCAAAUAAGUGCAGUAUCCCAUGUGAUGUAUUUAAUAAUUUUUUUGUAAAUGCUGCAUCAAAUAUCACAUGUAACGAUAAUGAAGACAAAGGCACUAGCUGUGAUUUUAACUGUGAUCAAAAUGUAAACUCCGUCUGUGAUAUUGAUGUACCUGAUUUACCACUAUCUAAUAAGUCUUUUUUAAAUGUGUGUCGUGCCUUACAUGUCAGUUUUGAGUUUAAACCAGUAUCUUGUGUAAUAGUUAGAGAGGCAAUUGAGAAUAUAAAAAGUAAGAACUCUAAUGAUGUAUACAACAUCAAUGUAAAAAUUAUAAAGUCCAUUAAGAAUAUCAUCAUAUCGCCACUUACUAAGCUGAUAAAUCUUUGCAUAGCGGGUUCCACGUUUCCGGACUGUUUAAAAAAAGCUGUAGUUGUACCAAUAUAUAAGCGAGGAGAUCCGAAUAACCCGUCAAACUAUCGGCCUAUAGCGUUAUUGCCAAUAUUUGGCAAAGUACUUGAAAAAAUACUGUUCAAUCAACUAAACAGCUUUUUUGAAACAAAUAACCUUUUCUCAAGGAGCCAGUACGGGUGUAGGAAACAGUCUUCCACAAUUGAUGCUGUGCAAGAACUUGUUCAUUUUAUGUCCACAUGUUUAGAAGAGAAACAAGUGGGCGUUUCAGCUUUUUUGGACCUUUCGAAGGCGUUCGACUGCGUUUCCCAUAAUAUUUUAUUGAAAAAAUUAGCCAUUUAUAAUUUAAAACCGUCUAGUAUCAAUAUGGUUUCUUCUUAUCUAAACAAUAGAUCUCAGGUGGUUAAACAAAAUGAAAAAUUGUCAAGAAGUUUAAUUAUUCAUAAAGGGGUACCUCAGGGAUCGAUUCUAGGCCCGCUCUUAUUCUUAAUAUUCAUAAAUGAUCUCCCCUCUUCUCUCUCUACAAGGGCAGUACUUUAUGCUGACGACACGACUUUGUUAAACAAGGCGACAUCAGUUAUCGAAGCCAUAGCAAUGGGCGAGGAUGCGCAGUCGGAAGCUUUUGAGUGGUUCAAAAGCAAUAGGCUUCAAAUUAAUCAAGAUAAGUCGGAACAUAUGAUUUUUACAUUAAAAAGGUUCGAGAACCCCAUCCAUUUUGCUCAUUCAGUAAAAUUCUUGGGAAUUCAUGUAGACAAUAAACUUCAGUGGCAUGCUCAUGGUGAAGAAACCGCCAAGAAAGUCUGUAAAAGUAUUUUUUUGUUAAGAAAUUUGAAGGGACAGGUUUCAGAUCGUAUGAUGAGAAUGGCCUAUUUUGCACUAUGCCAGUCUCAUUUAACAUACGGAAUUCUUGUAUGGGGUCAUUCGUGCAUUCUCGAGCGGUUGUUCAAACUACAACGAAGAGCAAUACGCAUUUUGGCAGGAGCUAAAUUUAGGGAACACUGCAAAAAGCACUUUAUCGAACUAAAUAUUCUUACUCUACCUAGUAUUUAUAUUCUCAAUUGCCUUAUUUAUGUUAAAUCUCACACUGCAGACUAUAAACGACACAACGAAAUACAUAGUCAUGACACUAGAAACAAUAGUGCGCUAUGUUUAAGUAAGGUAUCGGGCAUCACUCAAAGUAAAUGCAUUAUUUUGUACGUGUCAACGCAGGUGGAUGCAAAAAUGACUGAAAAUGAAGACAUUUUCAAAGACAGUCUACCUGAAAUCAAACAGGCAGCAUAA